AGCACAGAGCGUUACGUGGAAACCCCAAAAUCAAGAAAUAUAAAACACACACUCUCUCUCACAAAUAACAGUCAGUCCCGACAUGAAUCGAUCGGCGGCGAAGAGCCUGCUUUUCUUGACGUCGUUGGUUCGUAACGCGCGUCUUCGACCAUCUCACAACCGAACCAUUCUGAUAAACUCAUGUCGCUUUUCCACUCCGGCAAAUUCUCGAACAUUUUCUGGUCAAAGCCCUAAUCACCAUCAACAAUACCAACAAGCACAAUCAGAAACCCUAAAUCAUAAAGAUUCUGCUUCUGCAUCGUCAGGAUCAGCCUCUGCUAAAGAAGAAGCUCGUCAUGAGAGCCAAACCUCGAGAGGAACACGACCACGAGCUGAAUACCAAGACGAACAAGCUCGAGUGCUCAGUUCCUCCCUUAAUCACGUGAUUAAUCUGGGAUGGACUGAAGCAGCCAUGAUUGCUGGUGCAAGGGAGGUUGGUGUAUCUCCUUCUAUCAUUGGAUCCUUCCCUAGGAAAGAAGCUGCACUAGUAGAGUUUUUCAUGGAUGAGUGUUUGCAAAGGCUUAUCGAUAGAAUUGAGUCAAUAGAGGAUUUAGGUAACACGAUACCCAGUGAACGCAUUGCAAAGCUCGUCAGGAUUCGCUUAGAAAUGCAGGCACCUUAUAUAUCUAAAUGGCCUCAGGCUCUUAGCAUCCAGGCACAACCAUUGAAUGUCCCCAAAAGUUUCAAGCAGCGGGCAAUGCUAGUCGAUGAGAUUUGGCAUGCUGCUGGUGAUGAGACUACUGACGUUGAUUGGUAUGCAAAACGUGCUGCUCUUGGAGCAAUAUACUCAGCAACUGAGGUGUACAUGUUGACUGACAGUUCUCCAGAUUUUCACGAUACAUGGGCGUUCCUGGAUGGGCGGGUUAAAGAUGCCUUUGAUUUGAAAAAGACCAUUCAAGAGGUAAAGUAUUUAGCAGAAGCUGUUGGUGCAGGGAUGGGGAGUACUUUGCAAGGUUUGAUGGGGAAUAUUUUCAGGCCUGAACGCUAAUGGUUGGAUGAUUUGGAAGGUUCUUUAGCAAUCAUCUGUUUCAUGGUUGCUUAGCGGUUCCCAGGAUUCGGAGUUUCUAUUUAUUCGUCAUUGUUUUUACUGUUGCCUUUGAAGCAUUGCUGAGUUUUGGAGAAAUGCUAUGUUUAUGGAAGAGAGACCAUGUUAUGUUAAUUGUAAAGCUGAAUAUGAGAAAUGGUUAUUGAACUCAAAAAUAUAAAGAAAUAGAGAAAUGGUUCAUGCUAUUAGCAUCAA